AUGUCAUCUGACAGGAUAAAACUAUCCUGCCGUGUCUCGCUGCUGCUACAAAUAAUACUGUUCAUAAUUUAUUUGGAAGAUCCGGUGGAUGGAUUUGUUAAUUCACCCAAAAUUAUAACGAAAGAUGGCAAUCUAAUAGUGGAGUCUGGCCUGAAUCGCAAUAUCACCUUUCGUCUGGAUGGAACUUCUCGCAUAAAUAUCAACGAUGAGUACGAUUUGCUGGAUCUGUUGUUGGUGAGUGGAAAAUACAAUCGCUCUUCGCAAAUGCAUAAGGAUAUCAUCGAGUCGGAUAAUUUAGUGCAACUCUCCAAUGAGUUAUCCACAUUGCGCACAUUUGUGUUCGGUGCCGACGGUUUGGAUAGACGUCUGCAAACGAUGUUGAAUAGGACACGCAGGAAUAAUCAGUCACUGCGACGUGUCCAAACUCGUUUGCAGCGCGUCGAGCGAAAGGUGCAGAGUUUGUGGGAUCGGCUCGAAUUGGAUAGUUGUAAGAGUAAUCCGUGCGAGAAUGGUGGCACUUGUAUAAACAUUUUCAGUGGCUUCAUUUGUAAAUGCACGAAAAAUUUCGAGGGUUCCACUUGCCAGAACGACGUCAAUGAAUGUGCUCUCUAUGCCGGCACUGAUUUGGGAUGCCAGAAUGGCGGUCAGUGUGUCAACCAACAUGGCGGCUACAAUUGUAUAUGCAGCGCUGGCUGGUACGGCAUACAUUGUACCGCACGAAAAGGUGAUUGCAUGCAGUCAUCCACCUGGGAGCUUUGUGGCCACGGCACUUGUGUGAGUAGUAAUGACGAUUUUGGCUACAAGUGUAUCUGCGAUGGGGGCUGGAAAACAAAUGGUCUAACACCAUCUUGUACCGUCGAUGUGGAUGAAUGCACUGAAUCGCAUCCGCCGUGCUCUACGAAAUGUAUAAAUUUGCCAGGAUCAUUUACAUGUGCGCCAUGCCCUGCCGGCUUGACAGGGAGUGGUGUUAAUUGCCGUGACAUUGAUGAGUGUGCUUUACAGAAUGGUGGAUGUAGUUUGAGCCCGCGUGUGGCCUGCCUUAAUACUUAUGGCUCCUAUCACUGUGGCGACUGUCCACUCGGUUGGAUCGGCGAUGGACGUACCUGUGAGCGACGUGGCGGCAGCAUUGACAGCAAUGGUGCCACUGCAACUAGCUGUGCGCUCAAUAACUACUGCCAUCCAUUGGCUAAAUGUACCGAAGUCUCAAAUACUGUGGUGUGUUCUUGUCCAGCUGGCUUGGUAGGCAGCGGUGUGGGAUUAAAUGGUUGCGUGCAAGGCACACAACAAAAUUGUGCUGCAUUGCCAUGUCAGAAUGGCGGUACUUGCGUCGAUUCAGGCGACACCUUUAUGUGCGUCUGCCCAAUGGGAUAUCGCGGUCCAACAUGCUCACCCGUCGCCAACCCUUGCACACCGAAUCCCUGUCACAACAAUGGACGCUGUCGUGCCACAGGUGGCACACAAUUCAUAUGCCAAUGCCCACCUGGUUUCAGCGGUCGCCUGUGCGAUAAUCGGUAUAGUCGUUGUGGCGGCAUACUCGCAGGUACGACGGGCCAUCUUAAGUACCCAGAAGGUUCACUUUAUGAGCACAUGGCUCAAUGCGCUUGGGUUAUACGUACGAACGAGUCACUCGUUUUAAAUGUUACUUUCAACGCCUUCGAAUUGGAAGAUGCAACCGAAUGUCGCUUCGAUUGGUUGCAGAUUAAUGACGGCCGAAGUGCAGCUUCACAAAUCAUCGGUCGUUUUUGUGGCGCACACAAACCGAGGGGCGGUAACAUUAUAUCCAGCAGUAGUGAUUUGUAUUUGUGGUUCAGAUCUGAUAAUUCGACGGCAAAAGCAGGCUUCGAAUUGGAAUGGAAUUCGGUGCCGCCGCAAUGUGGCGGUAUCGUAGAUGUUAAAUCGCAUGGCACACUCAUAUCGCCCGGUUCGCCUGGCAACUAUCCGAAGAAUCGCGAUUGUCGCUGGCAGUUGAGGGCACCAAAUAAUAAGCGCAUUAAGUUAACUUUCUUCAAUUUACAAAUUGAGAAACACGACAGCUGUAAUUUUGAUUACUUAGAGAUCACUGAUGCAAUUUCUAGCUCGUUAAUAGUGAAAUAUUGCAACUCGACCUCACCGCCGCCGCUGAUGCUACCCACUAACGAAGCCAUCAUACACUUCCACUCGGACAAUGUGGAAACUGAUGCAGGCUUUCAAAUAUACUUUUCAACAGAAGAACGCGUGCCGGGUUGUGGGGGUACUUACACUACCAAAGAGGACGUCAUUGUAUCGCCGAAUUUACAAGAUGAUUCCAUAUCUUGCGAAUAUGAUAUAAAAGUGCCAAUGGGUGAAUCCAUUAAAAUUGUAUUUACUAAAUUCGAAAUGGGUCAGGACGAUUGUCUGGAGUUCUUCGACAUACAUCCCAGCACGCACGAGCUAAUACUGCAGGGCAAAUACUGUGGCGGCUAUGGUGGUGUACCGCCAGCAAUCUUGCAUUCUUUGUACAAUGCAGUACGCAUGAAAUAUUUCGCAAAGGGUGGCAAAUUCGAGUUGAAAUAUUCAGCUGAUUGCUCUUACAAUUUUGAUAGCGAAAGUGAUGCAGUACUUUCACCAGCCUAUCCGGCGUUGGAUAACAUUGACCGUUUUUGCAAUUAUAAAAUUGCAACUGAACCAAACACCGUUAUUUCGGUUAAAUUUAUUGACUUCGAUCUUGACGAUAGUAGUGUGGAUGCAGACGAUUGCACUUUUAGUUCACUUCGGAUCAAUGACGGUCUCAAUCAGAAGAUCAUGGGGCCUUACUGCGGCAAUAACACACCACCUGUGGAGUUUGUCUCCGAAACGAAUAUGUUGGUUUUGACUUUCCGUACUGCUGUUUCUACCUCUGGUAGAGGAUUCAAAUUGGAAUAUCGUUCCAUACCGAUAGGUAAAACCGAUUGUGGUGGGGUCUUUACUAAACCGGGCUAUAAAAUACGUUUGCCGACUGGCGAAGAUGAUGCGUAUCUGAACAACCAGGAAUGUUACUGGGUUAUAAUGGCGCCGGAAGGUAAAGGAAUUAUGAUCAAUUGGCAGUCGUUUAGCAUGGAACAGACAAUGGAUUGCAUGUACGAUUAUGUGGAGAUCUAUGACAAUUUGGGGCGUGAGGGGAGCGAUCGACCGUUGGGCAGGUACUGCGACACACCACCUUCUUUCUCAAGUCACUCACGCCUCUUAACACUGAAAUUCGUGUCAGAUAGCUCUGAUUCGGCUGGCGGUUUCGAGGCCACUUACGAAUUCAUAGAUCUUACCAAGCAAUGUGGUGGCGAAAUAUUCUCCUCCACAGGAAGAAUUUUUUCUCCCGCCUAUCCAGCCAAUUACACAGAUAUCAUUGACUGUAUUUGGGUAAUCAAUACUCCUGAGAAUACACAAAUCAAACUGGAUAUUCUCAUGUUUGAGCUGCAAUCGAGCGAACACUGUGACAAAGACUGGUUGGAGAUCCGUAAUGGCGGUUCGGCACAAUCACCAUUGAUCGGCAAAUAUUGUGGGUCUUUAAUACCACGUCAAAUACCAUCAUUCACUCAUCAGUUGCGGUUGCACUUCCAUAGUGAUAGUUUUCGCAGCGCGCGUGGAUUUCAAAUACACUGGUAUGUUUUCUCGAAUGGCUGCGGUGGUAAUUUGAAAUCGGAUGCUGGUGUAAUCGCGUCACCGCGCUACCCAAGUGCUUAUCCACAUAAUAGUGUUUGCGAGUGGCACAUCCAGGUGCCAAAAGGCUCAUCCAUACAUUUUACCAUUGAAGAUCUAGAGAUUGAAGAAUUGUUCGAAUGCCAUUACGAUUAUUUGGAAAUCUAUAAUGGGCGUAGCGCCUCUCAUCCGCUAUUGGCGAAAUUGUGUCAUCUGGAGAGCCAAGAAUCCAAACAGCUUUUCACCACGAGCAAUGAGGCAAUGCUACGUUUCCAUAGUGAUGGUAGUCAGCGCGAACGUGGCUUUCUAUUAUCCUACUAUUCGAAUUGCUCACGAACUAUUAACGAUAUUAGUGGUGUAAUCGAAAGUCCCAACUAUGGUAAUCCCUACUUCAAUGAUCCCAUCAACUGUUCGUGGACUAUUCAAGCGCCAAAGGGUAAUCGCAUCGUACUACAGUUCUCACAUUAUGAGAAACGUGACGGCGGUCGGGAUGUAGUCUUCAAAGAGCCGGGCAAGAACGAAACUAUAAUGCAUCUGCUAUCGCCAAAUGACAACUUUACUACAACUGGAAACAUACUGACUAUUAUACAGAAUAGCAGUUUGGUGAACUUUCGCUUGGAAUAUGUUAUGUUCGGCUGUGUUCAGACAUUCCACCGCCAAACGGGUGAGUUCCAAUCGCCAAAUGCUCCCCUACCCUAUCCAAAUGACGUGGAAUGCAUGUGGGAAAUAAGUACCACGCCGGGGCAUGGCGUUGAGUUGACGAUAUCGGACAUGGAUAUUGAAGACACAGUUAAUUGCACCAAUGAUGCGCUAGUGAUAUCCAGCCAUUCUCACAGCAACAAUUAUAAGGAGCGCCAUUGUGGGAUUCAGACAGAUUUGGUCAUCACCAGUUCCAGUCAUAUCCUGUUCGUGCGGUUCUUCAGCAAUAAGGAACAUAAUGGAAACGGUUUCAAAGCGACCUACAAAAUAUUGAAGUCACAAUGUGGUGGUGUGCUGAGCAGCAGAAAUGGUGUAAUUACAUCACCUAAUUAUCCGCUUAAUUAUCCACCGGAGUCGAGGUGUGAAUGGACUAUCGAAGUAACGCGACAUCAUUCAAUCACCCUGACUUUGGAAGAAAUCGAAAUGGAAAGCUAUUUCUCAUGUGAAAUGGACUUCGUAGAGGCUUACGAGGGGGCCAACAGUGACGACGAAACACCAGCAGAGGAGGGUAAACUCUUGUUCAAGGAGUGUGACUUGUCGGAAACAGCGCAGAAUGAAUGGGUUACCACUACCAAUACGGCGAUAGUGCGCUUUGAGAGCGAUGAUAGCGUAGAGUCGAAGGGCUUUAAAUUGAGCUUCAAGGAGAAUUGCGGUCAACGCAUUGAAAUUGGUGAAGAUGAUAUGGAUUAUAUCGCAGUCUUUCGCAAUGCGGUUAGAAAUGAAACUUGCGUAUGGCAUUUGAUAGCAAAGGAUCUUAGCAAACACAUACAAUUCAUACCCACACAUGUGCAACUGAGUCCACUGGUAGCAAUGUCGGCGCCGACAGAGGAGGAUUGCAUCGAUCAAGGGGUUAAGAUAUAUGACGGCGCGGACGAAACUGGUGCAUUGCGUGCCAGAUUUUGCAGAUCACAUCCACCAAAUAUUAUUUCUAAUGGAAAUGCCCUCACUAUCGUGGUGCCACUGAAUGUUACCACAGAAUUUGAGGGCUAUUACCUAUUGAUGGAUAAUUGGUGCGGUGGUUAUUACGCAUCGUUGAGAGGAACAUUUGCUUCACCCUACUAUCCGUCCUCAUAUCCGGUGAAUAUCAAUUGCGAAUGGAAUAUUGAAGUGCGUGAAGGCAACUCGAUUGUACUGACAAUUGAAUCACUCGAUUUGGAAGAAUCAGAGGGCUGCAAUAAAGAUUAUCUGGAGGUGCGUGACUCAAGUGAAAGUGGUCGUUUGCUUGGUUUAUUCUGUAGUACGAACAUACCACCACCCAUAAUUGGUGGUCAAUCAAUGUGGUUGAAAUUUGGCAGCGAUAAUGAUGGUGUGGGCAAUGGUUUUUUGAUAUCUUAUAAUUAUGCAACACACAAUGAGAUCAAUGGCACAAAUGGCACAAUAGAGUCGCCGCAUUACCCUACCAAAUUCCAUGCAGAUGACCCUUAUAGUUGGCGUAUAACGGUCCAUAAGGACUAUGUGCUGGUGGUACAAAUACAAGAUAUCGUAGAUGUGGAUAUACCAUUUAUUCAGUUCUUCGACGGUUAUUCAGAUAUUGGACUCCAGAUCGAUUAUUCAAAUACGAAUUUCGUUCGUUCAAGCACAAAUAUACUGUACAUCAAAGCUUUGCGUGGUCCCUUCAAAUUCGAAUGGUCUACACUCUCGAAGGAGGAAUUAAAAAAUAAUCAAACCCUGGAAGAAAAUGCUGCAAUUUGCGGCAAGAACAUUUAUUCUAUAAAUACCGAUUUAUUGGUUUUUGUAAAUUCGCCUGGUUAUCCUAACGGUUAUGCCAGCUCCCUGAACUGCAGUUGGCUUCUAAUGCCAACAAAUCCUGCCACUCAUGUUACGCUACAAAUGACUAAGGUCGAUUUGGAAGAUAUGGCCGAAUGCAAUGCAGAUUACGUCACAGUAUCUGCUAGUAAUGAUCUACAAAGUUGGCAGGAGUUGGACCGAUUAUGUAAAAAACCCGAUAACGUGCAAAAAGAGUACCAUGGCACACCUUAUCUGAAGCUCAACUUCGUCACCGACUUCACUGUCAAUAAGACGGGUUUCUCAGCAAGAUCAAGAGUUGGCUGCGGCUCAGAGAUGACUGCUAGACAGGCUUUAGUUAAUAUUACAAAUUUAGUGAGUGGCAUAAACAAUUUCCAAACGGACUGCGUCUGGAAAAUACAAGUACGUCAAAGUCGACGUAUACGCAUACGAUUUGUGGAGUCUUAUCUUGCGCCGGACAGCCAAACGAAUAUAUGUCGCGCCUACUUUUUGGUACGCAAUGGCUUGGCAGAGGACUCACCCUUCCUCGGCAAGGGCAAAUAUUGUGAGAAUAAUAUCACGGAUCUAUUGGAGACCACUUCGAAUCGUGCAUUUAUAAAAUUUUCACCUACCUCCUUCCCACGUUUCAGAGCCGCUUUCUAUUAUGAAGAGAUAAGUCACGAGUGUUCGGAUGUGUUGGUUCUAACAGAGGGCACACGUUUGGAUCAAGAGAAAACCAUAAAUUCGCCCAAUUAUCCCAACAUACCAAAUCCGCAUUCGGAAUGCAUUUGGCGGGUGGAGGCACCAGCGCAUCAUAUAAUCGCCGUGGAGUUUAAAGAUGAAUUCGAUUUGGCAACGUCGGAUAGUCAGAUGGGGGCUUGUGAUCGUGAAUAUGUGCAGCUAAAUGAUGGUGCGACCGAGCUAAUGCCUCUGAUCGGCAUCUUCUGUGGCAAAAAGAAACCGAACAUGAAGUAUACGACUGGUAAUGUUUUACGUGUAAAAUAUUUCACCGAUAUCUCAGAGCCACAUGUGGGCUUUAAGGCCAUAGUUUCGAUUGGCCGUUGCGGCGGUUCAUACUAUGAGAAUCAAGGUGAAAUAAACUCACCUGAUUUUUCUCUACUAAACAAUGCUCACGAUUUCGAGUGUGUAUACACAAUCGAAGUGGACGGUGGUAGUACAAUUAAAUUUAUUGUAGAAAAUAUGGAAUUGCCCAACACGGAUGAGUGUGCGCACGGCAGCCACUUGGAGCUGCAAGAGAUCGUUACGUACGAUGGUUCAGAUAACGUUACAGAUACUUUACGCAUUUGUGGCAAUCGCAAGGAUAAAGAGUACAUUGUUGAAACAAAUAAAUUGGUUGUGCGUUAUCACAUUCAGAGCGCUAAUUCGUCACCACACACUUUCAAGCUCACAUAUUCUGCUAUCGGCACACGUUGCGGCGAGACGAUAAAUGCGAAUCGCGGCACACUCUAUACACCGGGCUAUCCGCAGGGUGUCAGUCGGCCGACACAUUGCUCCUGGUACAUACGCGUACCGAAAGGUAAGCGCGUCAAGGUCGAGAUCAUCGAUUUCGACACCGGCGCGCCGUUAAAUACAACUAACUCGUUCGGCCAUAUGAGCUCCUUCCGUGGACGACUUAGCUUCGCUAAUGAUUUCGAAAUGCAAUCGAUUAUUGCGCGCGUCUCGAAUAACCCACCAGCAGUGAUCUACUCCACGGACAACACAAUGGGUAUUGAUGCAUUUUUGCUUUCGUUCAGUCAACAUCGUGGCUUCAGAUUGCGUUUCUCCUCGAAUGAGGACUCACAGGUGUGCCGUCACAACUUCGAUUUGAUGGAUGUUGAAGGCGCAGUGAGUUUCAGUCGCCACAACGAUACCGAUAUCUACUGCAAUUAUGCACUCAAAAUGCAAGAUAAUGAAACAUUAUCGUUACAAGUGGAACGUUACGAAAGGAACUUUACAAGUCCGUUCUCAUCUCUGUACUCAUCGUUUUGCAGUUUUGUGACGCCUUUGAAGUUGGAAUUGAACGCGCAACAAAUAGUGCCUGAUCUUUUAUGUAAAAAUGAGACCCAAGCCGUUGUUCGGCUACCUUAUCCGAUUACAAUGAAAUUGAUAGGCAACAGACGUAACAGACUCAUCAACUUGGAUUUGAAGUACAAAGUUUAUAAAUGCGGUGGCAUACGUUCGAUUUAUACCGAUCUAAAUAUUACACAGCCGGAAAUGGGCAAUUAUACCGGUGUAUUGGAGUGCGCUUGGGCAGUGUGGCCCUAUCACGAGUUCAGUGUGGAUGACACAGAAGAUCUUGAUUACUGGGCUGCUGGUGUACAGAUCGAAGUUUCGUUGUCAACAGAUUUCAAGGGCUCAUGUGAAGAGCAGUAUCUAAUUGUGUAUAGUGGACCGAAUCAGAAUUACCCCCAUUUGGGACGCUUUUGCACACAAUCCUCCAUGGAUAAUAUGGUUGUGGAGCGCGGUGUAUUUAUUGAGUAUUACACGCGUAACUAUGAGACCCAAUCCAAUUUCAAUUUGUCCAUGAAACAGGGCAGCGGUUGUGGUGGUAAACUCACUUAUCCAUAUCGACCCAUAUGGUUUAGUGAUCAAUACAAGAAUAACAUUGAAUGCGUGUGGGAAUUAACAACGGAUCCUGGUUUUCGUAUUGGACUCUAUUUCACUGCACGUUUCUUUAUUGAAUCAAGUAAGGAUUGCACAAAAGAUUAUUUGUUGGUACAGCAGAGGACGACGGUGAAUGGCACAUGGCAAGAUCUGGGCAGAUAUUGUGGGCGUGAACCGCCGCAAUCAGUGAAUAGCACAACAACGGAGAUGCGCCUAAUUUUCCGCACAGAUGCGGAGACGGUGGGUGAUGGCUUUACGGCAAAUUUCGAACGCAAUUGUGGUGGUAUUCUAUAUGCGACAAGUGAGUCGCAGCACAUGACCAGUCCCGGCUAUCCGCGGCGUUAUGAAAACAAUUUGAUGUGCAAUUAUACCAUUGUGCAGGAGCAGAAAACUAAGACCGGCGUGAUGAUGCAGUUCUUGGACUUCGAGGUGGAAGAACCACCAAUUACACGUUGUCUCUUCGAUAAUGUUACAGUCGCCACGUACUACGAUGAUAUGCCGCCAGAGGAGACUAUACUUUGUGGCACCAAACGUUCCCAUGAGUUCCGUGGUGACAAAAUUUCAGUGAUUUUACGCACGGACCAUUCAUUUUCAUCCAAGGGUUUUAAGUUCGCCUACAGUAAUAAUAUAUGUGGCUACACAAUUCAUAACUCGACGAUGAUAGAGACGCCCCGUCAUUAUAAAGAUGGUACUUUUCCACCAAACAGUGAAUGCAAUUGGAAUCUAACUGCACCAAAUGAUUACAAGAUACUCAUCAAGUUUGAGUAUUUUGACUACGAGAGCGAUGCAUCGUGUGACUUUGACGGCGUGGAGGUGUACAAGUCGCUUUUGCCUGUCGAGGACCAACGUAUUGCCAAAUUAUGCGGCAACCUUACUGGCCUCUUACCACCAUUGCAUAUUGCCAGCAAUCGUGCAUUAAUACAUACCUAUACAGACCGGAGCAUUGACUCGAUGGGCUUCAAAGCGCUCAUCACAUUCCUGCCAAAUUGUGAUGAAAAAGUCUAUCUGGGCGCAGACAAUUCGACUUACGAACUCAACAAAUACGCGAGCGGCUACUCGAAUAACUUGGAUUGUGCGCACAUAUUUACAACCACACAUGGCAGACAAUUAUUUGUAGAUUUCAAUAGCUUUCAUAUCGAGGAAAGCGAGAAUUGUCAGGAUGAUUUCUUAGAAGUGCGCGAUGGUGGCGGUCCUUUCGGGGACUUGAUUGGUACAUUUUGCGGUCAUGUGGAGCCACAUAGACUUAUGUCUUCAGGUAAUACAUUAUUUAUGCGCUUCGUUAGUGACUCGUCGGGGGCAAGUGCUGGCUUUAGCGCGAAAAUAACAUCUUUACCCAAGAUAUGUGGCAAUGUGGAGUUGGAGGUCAAGGGCAAAGAGAAAUUGGUUUUAAAUUCGCCGAAUGAAGCAAAUCAACUUUAUGGCAAGCAGUUGAAUUGCUUGUGGAAAGUCAAAAGUGAAAAAACAAUACAUUUGAAGUUUGAACGCUUCGAUUUGGAAGGCACCAACACCACAGGCAAAUGUGGCGGAGACACACUGAGAAUUUAUAACAAAGAAGACGCCGAUAAAAUUGAAAAAGGCUACGGCACUGAGUUCGUUUUCAAUGGUCAAAGGGGCUUCGUUGAUUGGAGUAACUUUGCUAUUAAUUUCGUUUACUGUGGCAAUCACUUGCCCGAUGAUUUCUUCUCUACGGGCAACACAUUAAUUAUUAAAUUCCAGACUGACGAUGAAAUCGAAAAAACUGGCUUCAGCAUAAGCGCUUUUGCUGUGGAAGGCUGCUUCCGCAACUUUACCGGCACUCAAGGUCGCAUUCAAAUCGCCGAAACAGAAGACGAGUGUGACGUCUACAUCGAAGCGCCACAAAACUACACACUUAGCCUUUAUUAUGCGGAUGUGACAUUUGCCGAUUAUGCCUGUGAAAAAGAAUAUAUCGAAGUUUUUAAUGCCUAUACGAAUAGUUCGUUGCAAAAGAUUUGCUCGUACACCGGCAAUGAUAAGGCGCUUUUCUCCACCACGAACAAGUUGCGUUUGCAUUUCAAAAUGAGUGGCUACUAUACGAAAUUCGAUAUUACUUAUUUGGCUAGCCGUGAUGGUGUUGGAUGUGGUGGGAAUUUAUACAAUAAUCGUGGCACCAUCGUUAAUCCAUUCUAUCCGAAUAAUGUGCGAAAUAAUUCGGAUUGCCGUUGGAAUAUACGGGUGCCAGGAAAUUUGCAUGUGUUGUUGCACUUCGAAGUUUUCGAUCUUGGCACCAAGAACACUUGCCACUCAGAUUAUUUGGAAAUUAUUGAACCCAGUAGCGAUGGCUCGGAAUCGGUUGUGCGACGCUUUUGUGGCGGGGAUAAUCCUAAAAUGUAUAAAAGCGAAGGCAGCACAGUUUCCAUACGCUUCCAUAAAACGCUCAACUACGAUGGCACUGGCUGGGUUAUAAACUUCCAAGGAGUCUACUCAAAUUAUAAGAUUCCCGAGUACAUGUUAAUGUAAUGUGGCAAUGGUGGUGGUGGUGGUGGGUGUGCAGGUGUUGUCUGAGCGACACAGCCCAGAUCGAAUUAGCACAAAGAUGCCAUUUUGAUACACCACUGCUUUGACAGUGGACUUGC